AUGGCUCGAGAUCCCCUCGAGAGCCUACGGCGCUUCGAAGGAGACAACUUGACAAGGACAACCCCUGAACGUAGGCCAUCACUGAAGCUCACCAUCCAUGCCCCCCACCCCCACUGGAACGCAUACAGAGUGGAACGCAUUCCUGACACGCUACUGGCGGCGGUCCGGUCCUUGAGUGUUGGCGUCCUGAUAGGCAGAUGGCCGAUACAAGUGUCUGUCCGAACCACACGCAACCAUAAAAACAGAGUCCUGCUUCAUCGCCCUCCUUCGAUGAGUUCAUACGACCACCCCAUCGCAUUCACCACCUACGACACCAAAGACUGCAUCUACAACAAAUCACAUAUGCCGUCUGUCUCAUUAUCAGAAUUAUCCUUGAGAAUGGCUCCGACCACCGGUGAACCAAAGAAGCCACCCCAGUCCCUGCGGCCAUGCCUCGUGCGGCCUCAUAGCGGGAUAGACCAGAAUCAGAAGCCCAAGAAGCAAGUCCGGUUCCGCUUGCAGGGAUCUACCGUCGCAUUCCCAGGCGUUGAAGUCGAUGAAGGAGGUCCAGUUGGCGUGGCCACAACUGUGACGAACAGUGGAAGUUGUAGCCUCGGAACAACGUCGAGUUGGAAUACGAUACUCAACCGGCGAACAUCCUCGUAUGAGAAGAGACACAGAGACCGAAAAGAAAGGAGGAAACAAAGGGAAAAAAGGAAGAAGGAGAAAAGCUAUCGACAAGAACUGGCACGAUGGAGUUGGACGC